UUUUUUUUUUUUUAAAACGUUUCGUUUGAUACGAAUAUCGGCGGAAAAACACAAAAUUAAGAGCUCUUGCAGAUCGUUAUAUGAAGUCCGAUUGUUUUCCCUCCCUGCUUUCAUCUCAGGUCGUUUUGAAGUCUUCUGGUUAGAUCGCUGUGUUUCCACCAUUCAAGAUUUUCCUUGUGUAGAAGAAGCGCUCUGCAAGCGUCAAAGGCAUCAUUUCCUUGCUGAGAAAGGAACGAAUUUCUGAUUUACUUGACUUCGAUUUUUAGAACAGGUAAGGCAGAAAAAAAGAAAGAAAGAAAAGGAGAAAAUGUUAACCUGUAUAGCCUGCUCGAAGCAGCUGGACGAAUCUGACGAUGGCGCGCGUGGUACUCCAAGUACGAAAGACGCCGUCAAAAGUCUGACCACCCAGAUCAAGGACAUGGCGUUGAAGUUCUCGGGCGCAUGCAAGCAGUCUAAACCUUGCACAGGUUCAAGCAGCAGCAGCAGCUACCGGAAAUCUGAUCGGCAAUACAGAGAUUUCGACAAUGCUUCGGAAGGGGUUCAUUACCCUUACAUGCGAGCCGAUAGCUCAAGUUCAACGCCUGCUUGGGAUUUCACCAGCUCCAAUCCGAACCACCCUACAUCAGGGCAUGACACGAGGCGUUUCAAGGGGAUCUCUAGUGGUGGAGACCGGACCCCUAGAGGAUUUGACACUGCCUCGACUGCGUCCUGUGAUGUGGUCCUGGUCGAUGAGGAUGCACCCAAGGAAUGGAUGGCGCAGGUUGAGCCUGGAGUUCAUAUCACAUUUGAAUCUCUUCCGCAGGGUGGGAAUGAUCUGAAGAGAAUCAGAUUCAGCCGUGAGAUGUUCAAUAAAUGGCAAGCACAGCGGUGGUGGGGUGAGAACUAUGAUCGGAUCAUGGAACUCUACAAUGUGCAGAAGUUUAGUCGUCAGGCUCUUCCCACUCCCCCAAGGUCCGAGGACGAGAGGGAGUCAUACUCUCGGAUUGGAUCUGCUAGGGAAAGCCCCAUAACUCCACCAUCAAACAGAGACCGAUCGCAUCGGAACUUUCACAGACCCACAACCGGGAAAGGGUAUUUUCCAUCAGAGCAUUCAGAGUAUGGUCAACACUACAGUUCCAUGCCGAGUGUUUCUGGCAUGGGUGGCAGAGGUGAGGCUGCAUCCAUGGAUGCGUCGAGGACUACAACUUCUUCCAGAGAGGAAGCUUCAAUCUCCAUCAGCAAUGCAAGCGAUCAGGAGACAGAGUGGGUGGAGCAGGAUGAGCCUGGGGUUUACAUCACCAUCAGAGCGUUGCCUGAUGGCACUAGGGAGCUCCGACGUGUCAGAUUCAGCCGAGAGAGGUUCGGAGAGGUGCACGCCAAGCUAUGGUGGGAAGAGAACAGGGAAAGGAUACAGGCCCAAUACCUAUAGUUCUUCCUCUCAAGCCUUGCCUUCUUCAAAAAGAAACCCAAAAAGGAAAAAGAAAAAAAAAAAGAAAAAAAAAAGGAAAGAAAGAAAGAAAGAAAGAAAGAAAUUCUUAAUGUUUUUUUUCUCCCCAGAUAGCUCACAGGUAUCUUUGAUUUUGCCAUUUAUAUUCAACUUAUAGAGCUCUUGCAUGUUAUUCUGUUACCGUAAAAUUUGUGGGCUUCCAUUUUUUUUCCCUGCUUGGGCUGCCUUGUUCGACUGUUUUUCUCGUGCUGAGGUCGUCGUGCUGAGGUCAUCAUUGGCUUUGAAUCCUUUGGUGAGUGCUAUCCAUCAUAUCUGUUUUAGUGCAUUGUAAAACUAUCUAUAUAUCCCAAUCAUUACAGGAUUCAAUUCGUUUAUA